AAAACAGCGAAAUUGGUCUCGCCUGGCCUGGAGCUCACCAAGCCCCCCAAAAACUCAAAUCACGCCAUUCAAGUGAAGUGAACUCGGCGAAAUUCGGGGGACACUUCCAGGGAGCUGCCGGCGGGGGGCGCUGUAAGCGGCUCCGGAGACCCCAGCAAGUCGCAUCCGAGCUGCGCCGAAUGGAACGUCGUAGUGCGGGUUAGUUGUUUUGCGCGCGCUCUCUCUCUCUCUCUCUCUCUCGCUGUCUCUCGCUCGCUCGCUCUCGGCUCUCCCGGAGCUCGCCUCGCGACAAGCAGCGUCGGACACUCCGAAGACGAGCGAGGACACCGGCGGGGACCAUGCCGGGCUGCGUGCCCAUCACGGAGCGAGCGCCUGCGCCAGGGGCCGGCGAGAAGGCGGCCGUGUCCGGCGCCGGAUCCGCGCUGCUCCUCAUCGACCCGUCGGUUCCCAUCCGGGAUAUUCAAACCAAAUUUGCGGUUCUCGGCGGACUCAUUGGAGCCCGAGAGGUCAGCAACAGGGACAUAGUGGAGACUGUGCUCAAUUUGUUGGUGGCCGGCGAGUUCGACUUGGAGACCAACUUCAUCAUUCAAGACGCCGACGGCAUCGGCUGCCUGCCGGCUCUGCUGGAGCGCUGCGACGUCACCUGCCAGGCGGAGAUCUGGAGCAUGCUCACCGCCAUGCUACGCAAGAGCGUGCGCAACUUGCACAUGAGCGCCGAGGUGGAACUCAUCCGGCAGCUGCUGCUCCGGAUGAGCUCCGUCGACGACAUGAUUGCAGACUUGCUGGUGGAAAUGCUGGGCGUGCUGGCCAGCUACAGCAUCACGGUACAGGAGGUGAAGCUGCUUUUCAGCAUGCUACAAGGGGAAGGCGGCCUCUGGCCCAGACAUGCGGUGAAAAUGCUGGCGGUGCUCAAGCAGAUGCCCCAGAGACACGGACCGGACUCCUUUUUCAACUUCCCCGGUCGCAGUGCUGCUGCCAUCGCUUUACCUCCCAUCGCCAAGUGGCCUUACCAGAACGGCUUCACCUUCAACACCUGGUUCCGAAUGGAUCCCUUAAACAACAUCAACGUGGACAAGGACAAGCCCUAUCUCUACUGCUUCCGCACCAGCAAAGGCAUCGGCUACUCGGCGCAUUUUGUCGGCAACUGCCUGAUCGUCACGUCUCUGAAAUCCAAAGGGAAAGGUUUCCAGCACUGCGUAAAAUACGAUUUCCAGCCCAGGAAGUGGUACAUGAUCAGCAUUGUCCACGUCUACAGCCGCUGGAGGAACAGCGAGAUCCGUUGCUACGUCAACGGCCAACUGGUUUCUUACGGAGACAUGGCCUGGCACGUCAACACAAAUGAUAGUUACGAAAAGUGCUUCCUGGGCUCCUCGGAGACGGCGGACGCCAACCGAGUCUUCUGCGGGCAGCUGGGCGCCGUCUACGUGUUCGGCGAAGCUUUGAAUCCGGCGCAGAUCUUCGCCAUCCAUCAGCUCGGUCCGGGCUACAAGAGCACAUUUAAGUUCAAGUCUGAGAGCGACAUCCACCUCGCGGAGCAUCACAAGCAAGUGUUGUAUGACGGCAAGCUGGCCAGCGCCAUCGCCCUCGCUUACAACGCCAAAGCCACCGACGCGCAGCUCUGUCUGGAGUCUUCGCCCAAGGAAAACACCUCCAUCUUUGUGCACUCGCCCCAUGCGCUUAUGCUUCAGGAUGUGAAAGCCACGGUGACUCACUCCAUCCACCGGGCCAUCCACUCCAUCGGCGGCAUCCAGGUUCUCUUCCCCCUGUUUGCUCAGCUGGACUACCAGCAGUUGAGUGAUAGCCAAGUGGAGACGGCCGUAUGUGCCACGCUGCUGGCCUUUCUGGUGGAGCUGCUGAAGAGCUCCGUUGCCAUGCAAGAGCAGAUGCUGGGAGGAAAGGGCUUCUUGGUCAUCGGCUACCUGCUUGAAAAGUCGUCCCGCGCGCACAUCAGCAGGUCCGUGCUGGAGCAGUUCCUCUCCUUCGCCAAGUAUCUGGACGGCCUGCCGUACGGGGCGCCGCUACUCAAACAGCUUUGCGACCACAUCCUGUUCAACGCCGCCAUCUGGAUCCAUACCCCCGCCAAGAUCCAGCUGUCCUUGUACACGUACCUCUCGUCGGAAUUCAUCAGCACGGCGACAAUCUACGGCGCCAUCCGACGGGGCGGCACGGUGCUCCGGCUCAUGCACGCGCUCAAGUACUACUACUGGGCCGUCAACCCGGCCGACGGCGGCGCCAUCGUCCCGAAGGGUCUCGAUGGUCCAAGGCCGACCCAGAAAGAAAUCAUCUCUCUGCGGGCCUUCAUUCUUCUCUUUCUCAAGCAACUCAUCUUGAAGGACCAAGGUGUGAAGGAGGACGAGCUGCAGAGCAUCCUCAACUAUUUGUUAACAAUGCAUGAGGAUGAGAACCUGCACGACGUGCUGCAGCUGGUGGUGGCCCUCAUGUCUGAGCAUCCGGCCUCCAUGAUCCCCGCUUUUGACCAGAGAAAUGGAAUACGGGUCAUCUACAAACUUAUGGGAUCCAAGUGUGAAAGCAUUCAAGUGCAGUCCCUCAAAGUCCUCGCAUAUUUCCUCAAGCAUUUGGGACACAAGAGGAAGGUGGAGAUCAUGCACACCCAAAGCCUCUUCACGCUCCUGGGCGAGAAGCUCCUGCUGCACGCCGGCGCCAUGACGGUGACCACCUACAACGCUCUGUAUGAGAUUCUGACGGAGCAGGUGUGCACGCAGGUGGUCCACAAGCCGCACGCCGAGCCCGACUCCACCGUCAGGAUUCAGAACCCAAUGAUCCUCAAAGUGAUAGCGACCCUAUUAAAGAACUCGGCCCCCGGCGCCGAGCUGAUGGAAAUUCGCCGCCUCUUCCUCUCCGACAUGAUCAAACUGUUCAGCACCAGCCGAGAGAACAGACGAUGUCUGCUUCAGUGCUCCGUGUGGCAGGACUGGAUGUUUUCUCUGGGCUACAUCAACCCCAAAACCCCGGACGAGCAGAAAAUCACCGAGAUGGUGUACAACAUCUUCCGUAUCCUGCUGUAUCACGCCAUUAAGCACGAGUGGGGCGGCUGGCGCGUCUGGGUGGACACGCUCUCCAUCGCCCACUCCAAGGUGACAUACGAGGCACAUAAGGAGUACCUGGCCAAGAUGUACGAGGAAUACCAGCGUCAAGAAGAGGAAAACAUCAAGAAAGGGAAGAAAGGCUCGGUCAGCACCAUCUCGGGUCUGUCGGCUCAGGCCGCCGGCAUCACGGGCUCGGUGGGGAUCGGAGAAAUGGACGGCAGCUCCCAGUCGCCGGGCAGCGACGGCGCCGACUCGCGAAACCCGCUGGCCGAAGGGCGGACCCCGGAGGAGAGGGCGGCGCGAGCCGAAGUCCAGCACCUCCUGGUGGACGUCAAAGCCGAGAAGGUGGAGGCCACGGAGGUCAAGAUGGACGACAUGGACGCGCUGAUGGAGGUGGAUUCGCUGCUGGAUGACGUUUACUGCGGCGUGAUGCUGCCAAAGAGUAGCGCGGCGGACCGGCAGAUCUCAGCUCCUCUCAUCUCGCUUGACGACGACAAAGACGGCGUCCCUCAGGGCAACGCUUUCUUGUUCCGCAAGGUGGAGGAAGCCUCGUUGCCUGUCUUGAAUCCAGCUCAGUCUUCAGAACCUCCGCCCGGCGGUGAUCUGGGCCUUCUCUGCACCUUGGAAAAGGAUGAAUUUGAACUCCAGGGCAUCAACUCUGCGGAGGAGGCCUCAACUCCAGACGCCGGCCGGGAAAGUGUCGCGGCGCCCUCUAAAGGUGACAUUUCCGCUGUUAGGAGCAGGAGCAACAAGCCCUCGGAAGAGGACGGCGGCGGGGAGAUGAAGAUUCAGACCACGGCGACCACACAGAAGCUAAACGGCCGCCUGGGCGCCGCAGCGGACAGCGCCGACUUCCCGGCCGGCGGCGCCCUGACGGACGAGGACCAGCAGCAGCGGCAGCGGCGUCAGUUCAGCCCGGGCCCUCGCACCACCAUGUUCCGCAUCCCGGAGUUCAAGUGGUCGGCCCUGCAUCAGAGGCUGCUGGCCGACCUGCUCUUUGCUCUGGAGAGCGACGUGCACGUCUGGAAGAGCCACUCCACCAAGUCCGUCAUGGACUUUGUCAACAGCAGCGAGAACAUCAUCUUUGUCCACAACACCAUCCACCUCAUCUCGCAGAUGGUGGACAACAUCAUCAUCGCCUGCGGCGGGAUCCUGCCUCUGCUCUCGGCAGCCACCUCGCCUUCUGUGGAGAACAUCGAGGCGACGCAAGGCAUGUCCUCGGAGACCGCCAUCACAUUCCUGUACCGCUUGAUGGUGAUGGUGGACGUGCUGGUCUUCUCCAGCUCGCUCAACUUCAGCGAGAUCGAGGCGGAGAAGAACAUGUCGUCCGGCGGCCUCAUGCGUCAGUGUCUGAGACUCGUGUGCUGCAUGGCUGUGAGGAGCUGUCUCGAGUGCAGGCAGAGGCACGGCGAUCGCGGGAACAGGCCGUGCGCUCCCAACAACGGCAAGUGGCAGGACGUGGCGCCAAACGCCGUGACUCCCGGCAAGCUUUGGAGCACGUUCGAAACGGUUUCGAGUAACCCGUCUCCCAUCAAGGACCCCGAUCGCCUCCUGCAGGAUGUGGACAUCAACCGCCUGCGUGCUGUGGUCUUCCGUGAUGUGGACGACAGCAAGCAAGCACAGUUCCUGGCUCUGGCGGUGGUCUACUUCAUCUCGGUUCUCAUGGUGUCCAAGUACCGCGACAUUCUGGAGCCUCAGCGCGAGACAGGCCGGACGAGCGCCAAGUCGGGCCACGGCGCCCACCGCCGCCGGGACGCCGACUCGCCCUCCGCCACAGAAAGAGGGCAGACAUUCGUGGGCCAACCGGGCCGCGGUUCCCCCUCGGAGGAACGAUCCGUUCCCCUCAUCGAGCCGAGCGUCACGGCCAAGCGGGUCGUCGGCGUCGUCGACGGCGCCGCCGACGCCGACGAGCUCUUCGCCGAGCCUCCGCCGCCCUCCUCCUCCUCCUCCUCGGGCCUCAACGUCAAGGAGAUCCUCAAGAGUCUGGUGGCCUCCCCGGCAGAGGCCGUGGAGGCGGGGCUGGAACCGGUGUCCUGCCCGGAUCUCGCAGCCAAGGUCCAGACCGCUCUGCCCGUGCAGUUUCACUCCUUUGACAGGAGCGUGGUGGUGCCCGUCAAGAAGCCCGCCCCGGGAGGCCUCGCCGUCACUGUGGUGGGUGGCAGCCCCUCUUCCGGCCCCGUGACCCCCAACAUCUUUGCGGCCGCUUCGGCCACGCCCAAAAGCAUGAUCAACACCAUGGGAGCCGUCGAUGCCGCCGUUGCUUGCGCGGCCUCCGCGACGCCGUCGUCUUCCGCUCUGGCGAACGGCGCCACCAGUAAGAAUCUACCAGCUGUGCAGACGGUGGCGCCCAUGCCCGAAGACACGCUUGAGAACAUGAGUAUUACGUCAAAACUGGAGAGAGCUCUGGAGAAGGUGGCGCCACUGCUGAGGGAGAUCUUUGUGGACUUUGCGCCCUUCCUGUCGCGCACCCUGCUGGGCAGCCACGGACAGGAGCUGCUCAUCGAAGGGCUCGUGUGCAUGAAGUCGAGCACGUCAGUGGUGGAGCUCGUUAUGCUGCUUUGCUCUCAAGAGUGGCAGAACUCCAUCCAGAAGAACGCCGGCUUGGCCUUUAUUGAGCUCAUCAACGAAGGAAGGUUGCUGUGUCACGCCAUGAAGGACCACAUUGUCCGCGUGGCCAACGAGGCCGAGUUCAUCCUGAACAGACAGCGAGCCGAGGACGUCCACAAACACGCCGAGUUCGAGUCCAACUGCGGCCAAUACGCUGCCGAGAGGCGAGAGGAAGAGAAGAUGUGCGACCACCUGAUCAGCGCCGCCAAGCAUCGGGACCACGUGACGGCCAAUCAGCUGCGGCAGAAGAUCGUCAACAUCCUCACCAACAAACGUGGCGCCUGGGGAACGCUGGGCCAGAGGCCGCCUCACGACUUCUGGCGUCUGGACUACUGGGAGGACGACUUGCGGCGGAGACGGCGAUUCGUCAGGAACCCGCUGGGCUCAACGCACUUGGACGUGUCGUGCAGAACCCUGCAGGAGUACGUCACAGACGAGGACGAGCUGGUCAAGUUGAAGACUUUGCUCUUCCCCGGCCAAAGUGUUCCGAGCCAGAGCCCCGAAACGGAGCUGAUCCUAGAGGGAGACGACGACGACUCCGUCGGCCUGCUGCAGGAAAAGGAAGUGGACAACCUGGGCGGCCCGGUGGCGCUGAGCAGCCCGGCCCAGCUGGUCGCGCCCGGCCUGGUGGUCCGUGGGACCCUCUCCAUCAGCACCAGCGAGAUCUACUUCGAGGUGGACGAGGACGACCCCGCCUUUAAGAGGGUCAGCCCCAAGGUCUUGGCGUACACGGAAGGUCUGCACGGGAAGUGGAUGUUCAGCGAGAUCCGGGCCAUCUUCUCCAGGCGCCACUUGCUGCAGAACACAGCCGCGGAGGUCUUCAUGGCCAAUAGAACGUCCGUCCUUUUCAACUUCCCUGACCGGGCGACGGUGAAGAAAGCGGUCCACGGUCUUCCUCGGGUCGGGGUGGGGACCAGCUACGGACUUCCUCAAGACAGGCGGAUCUCGCUGGCCAGCCCUCGGCAGCUCUUCAAGUCAUCUAACAUGACGCAGCGCUGGCAGAGGAGAGAAAUCUCCAACUUUGAGUACCUCAUGUUCCUCAACACCAUCGCAGGCAGGACCUACAACGACCUGAACCAGUACCCGCUCUUUCCCUGGGUGCUGGCCAGCUAUGACUCACAAGAGCUGGACCUCACCCUGCCCGCCAACUUUAGAGAUCUCUCCAAGCCCGUCGGCGCACUCAACCCCAAGCGCGCCGCCUUCUUCGCCGAGCGCUUCGAGUCGUGGGCGGACGACCAGACGCCGCCGUGCCACUACCGCCGCUACUGCUCCACCGCCGGCUCCGCGCUGCACUGGCUCGUCAGGAUGGAGCCGUUCGCCACCUUGUUUCUCAGCGCCAACAACAACCGAUUCGACCACCCGGACCGAAUCUUUUCCUCCGUCGCCCGCUCGUGGAGGAACUGUCAGCGAGACACCUCGGACGUCAACGAGCUGAUCCCGGAGUUCUUCUACCUGCCGGAGAUGUUGGUCAACGCCAACGGCUACCAUCUGGGAAUGCGGGAGGACCGCGCCAUGGUGGCCGACGUGGACUUGCCGGUCUGGGCCAAGACCCCCGAAGACUUCGUGAGGAUCAACAGAAUGGCGCUGGAGAGCGAGUUUGUGUCGUGUCAGCUGCAUCAGUGGAUUGACCUCAUUUUCGGCUACAAGCAGCGCGGUCCCGAGGCGGUGCGCGCCCUCAACGUCUUUCACCACCUGACCUACGAGGGCGGCGUCAGCCUGGACGCCAUCGCCGACCCUUUGACCAGAGAGGCCACGGAGGCGCAGAUCCGGAGCUUUGGACAGACGCCAUCUCACUUGCUCAUCGAGCCACAUCCUCCACGCAGUUCCGCCAUGCACCUGAGUCCUCUGAUGUUCAAGGACCAGCUGCAGCAAGACGUCAUCAUGGUGCUGAAGUUCCCGUCCAACUCGCCGGUGACGCACGUGGCGGCCAACACGCUGCCGCACCUCGCCGUGCCGGCCGUGGUCACCGUCACGUGCAGCCGCCUCUUCGCCGUCAACCGAUGGCACAACACGGUCGGACUGAGAGGAGCGCCAGGAUACUCCCUGGAGCAGGCUCAUCAUCUCCCAAUCGAGAUGGACCCUCUGAUCGCAAACAGCGCUGCGAGCAACAAGCGUCAGAUCACAGACUUAGUGGACCAGAGCAUCCGGAUCGGCACGCAGUGCUUCGUGGUGACAGCUGACAACCGCUACAUCCUGGUGUGCGGCUUCUGGGACAAGAGCUUCCGCGUGUACUCCUCGGAGACAGGAAAGCUGACCCAGAUUGUGUUCGGCCACUGGGACGUGGUGACGUGUCUGGCCCGGUCCGAGUCGUACAUCGGGGGCGACUGCUACAUCGUGUCCGGCUCCAGAGACGCCACUCUUCUUCUGUGGUACUGGAGCGGCAGGCAUCACAUCAUCGGAGACAACCCCGUCAACAGCGACUACCCGGCACCACGAGCUGUGCUCACGGGUCACGAGCAGGAAGUGGCGUGCGUGGCGGUCUGCGCAGAGCUGGGGCUGGUCAUCAGCGGGGCCCAAGACGGUCCGUGCCUGGUGCACACCAUCACGGGGGACCUGCUGCGAGCGCUGGAGGCUCCCGAGCGCUGGAGGCGGCCCCGCCUGAUCUCGGUGUCCAGCGAGGGCCACUGCGUCAUCUAUUACGAGCGCGGACGCUUCUGCAACUUCAGCAUCAACGGCAAGCUGCUGGCCCGCAUGGAGCUCGACGACAGCAGCAGGGCCAUCCUUCUGAGCAGCGACGGGCACAAUCUGGUGACGGGCGGCGACAACGGCGCGGUCCAAGUGUGGCAGGCGUGCAGCCUCAAGCCGCUGUACGUGUACCCGGCCUGCGACGCCGCCAUCAGAGCCAUGGACCUGUCACAUGACCAAAGGACUCUUAUCACUGGGAUGGCUUCGGGAAGCAUCGUAGCGUUCAACAUCGACUUCAACCGCUGGCAUUACGAGCACCAACACAGGUACUGAGCGACAACUGACGGGACGCUCCGAGACGAGAUGUCGGGUCCGGGAGCGAUCUCGGCCGCCUCGAGCGCCGUUCAGCAUCGAGUCGCUUUUCUUCUGGGCUUACGUCAAGACUGAGGUCUGGGAAGCAAACCGGAACGUGUAAAUAUGCAACAAAUGUUUCGGAGACUUGCUCGUGAACUCGAAAAACGUUCAUACAAACCAGUUACAAGACAUUAUGGACUUAUUGGGAAGAUAUGUAGAUUAGAAUUUUUUUGGGAUAAACAUUGUAAAGCAGGACGAUGUCAUUUACGUCAAAUUUGUGCAUUUUAAACAUCCAGAGAGUCACACGGGACAGGACCAUUAAGAGUUUCCAUGGUAGUGAAACAAAUGCAAUGAAAUGAGGUGAAAAGUGGGCGUUGCGAGCAAAUGAAUGUGACAUUUACAGGAGGGGGGGGGGAAAAAUGUUAUUAGGUGUUUUCCCCCGCUGCUUAUGCGUUGAGGGCAAAAUUAAUUUGUCACUGACUUCACUCACAUUAAAACUCUCCUCUCAAUCAAUAAAUCAGAUAUAAAAUAAUAUAUAUAAUAUAUAUUAUAAUAUAGAAAUAUGUUAUAAUAUUAUAUAAAUAAAAUAUUUGUUAAAUUUAUGUAAGAAGAAAAAUUGGCGAAAACCUUUUUUGCUUUAUUUUUGAAUUUGCGAAAUCCACCCUGAUGCACGCAUGCUAUAUUCAAUCUAUUGACGCAACUGGUUUCAAAAGCGAAGGCGAAAUGUCUGAUUCCUACCAAAUGUAUUUGCAAAUACACACGCAAAACGCAAAGCGCUGUGGAGGCUUUGAAAGUGGCGUCUUGAUUUUGGGACAUGUCACACACACUCCUUGGCAGAUAGCGCUGACUAAAUAAAAUCCAACGUGAACAUUUGUGCUUUAAGCCAUCAACCUGUAGCCUUCCAACAGAAAUAGGAUUGUAAUGAUCAUGCAGUAGUUGAUUUGAAAUGAAUACAUUCGAUUGGGGUUAAAAAAAAAAUUUUUUUUUUAAAUGUUGAUUUUGUUCAGUUUUUAUUUGGGCACAUGUAUGAGCAGAUGUGCAUUGUAGCGUGUUAAUCAGGGUGUUUUGUUUUGUUUUGUUUUGUUUGUUUAACACAACAACAACAACAAUCAUGUUCAAACACUUGUAGCAAAUAGUGGAUGUAGCUUCCAUGACGUCACACUGUCCAAGGUUUUUACAGCCUCCCCGGUAAAAAGCGGAUCUGAUUUGCACAACUCAUUUUUUUUUUUUUUUUUUUUUAUUCAUUUCUAUUCAGUGGACACAUUUGACUCUCCUUUUGUCUUCUGGGUCAAAUUGACCCAAGUAAGUUUUGCAUAUGAAAUUUAUGAUUUUAUUGGAAAUUAUUAUUGGUGUGAGAUAUAUAUAUAUAUAUAUAUAUAUACUGUUUUAGCUAUUACCUAAAAAAAACAUAUAUACAUACAUUAAUUAAUAUUACAUUAUAAUUAAUAUUUGACUAUCAUAAAGUUUAGUAGUUUAAAGAUGGAAAUUCCUGCCUCAUUUUGAUGUUAAAAAUAUUUUUUUUUAAGUAAGAAUAAUUUCUUGAUGUCGGAUUUUGGUACAAUAGAAUAAUCAAAUAUAAACAAUAGAAAUUGUCGAUUGUGUGUAGUUGAUUAAAAUAUGACUUCCCCUUGAGAAUUGAAUGACUGAAAUACGUUUCCUUUUAUGACGUUCUAAUUGAUUGAGAUGCACUGGUGUAGAAUGAAAAUGCUAUAUUUGAAUUCUCAUGAAUUCAAGUUUUGAUUGUCCAAUCAGCUGGAGCGACUGUCAACGUGUUUGUGUCCGUGGUAAUGCUUCAAAGACAUUUUUGUAAACGAGACCCUUUUUACUUUGACUUAUCCUGUGGUUGUUUUUACUUUUUCCCCGCCCCCCUAGUACAUUUGUUAAAAAAAAAAAAAAAAAUAAUAAUAAUAAUAGUAAUCAUGCUGUAUCCUGUGCGCUCGGAAGUAAUAUGAAAAAUUGACAGGAACUGAGCAGUAAUUUACAUGAACCAUAAAAACAGAAGUUACAGCAGAUAUGCAAAUAAAUUUAUAUUUUGUGGCACUCUUAGGAGACGAGUUUGUUUUCAUUUUCAUUUGAGAAUAGUUUUGUUUAAAUUAUAUUAAUUUGUUAAUGGUAUUUAACUGUACUUGUUUAUGCUUCUUUGUUUUAUAUUCUUCCAUGAUGUUUAAUUGACUUCAUUUUUAUCAGUAGCGUUUUUUAAUAAUAAUAAUAAAAAAAAAUGUCUGGGAUAUUUCAUCUUCAGAGGUUAUUCAUGCAAACGUGUUGAAAAAUGUGUAUUAAAGUAGCUCAUUGUUGAAUGUUUGCUGUUUUUCCAAGUGCUUUUACUGCCACCUGCUGUCUGUCUGCUGUUACAACAGGGGUUUACUUAGAAAAUGUAAUGCAACAAUUGUUUUUCCACAAAUAUCAGUUGUUGUUUUUUUUACAUACAUGGAAAAAAAAAGAAUAAAGAGAUUUUGGAGAAUUUG